AUGUCAACACUUAAAAUUAUUUCACAUAGUUUUCCGGCCUCUUUAGAACGCGAAUUGCUGGGAAAAGGUGGUCGCCUCCAAAUUGCAGCGAAUUCUUAUGUGACAACAGACAUCGAUGCAACAAACAACAAUGGUAAGAUAUCUCUUAUAUUUGCACAUGCUGCUGGGUUCCAUAAAGAACUAUGGAAUCCUAUUAUAAAAAUAUUACACGAACGGAGAUAUAAAUGGAAUGGUGGAGAUAUGUGGACUUUGGAUUGUUCAAAUCAUGGAGACAGCGCUAUGUUAAAUCAGGACAUUUUGCCAGAUUCUUAUAUCCUUCAACUUAUAGAUGAAGCGAAAAUUCAAAAUCCAAUUAUUGGCAUAGGCCAUUCGCUUGGUGAAAUCAUUCGUCCUGGUACUUUUAUGGGUAUUUUUACUAUUGAGCCUUUAAUUAUGCCUAAUAAUGCUCUAAAUCUUGGAGCCCAAGAGAUGGAAGUUAAAAGAAGACAUGACAGAUGGCAAAAUAGGUAG